AUGAGCUACAAACUCCUCAUUCAGAGGCGGCACAAUCAUGUGUCUAACUUGAAUUAUUUCUUCCACAACUCCAAGAGAUAUUGGGUGAAGGAAGGUCAAUCUUUCCUCGACAACAGAAAUUUAUCAGCCAAUAAAAGACCUUUGAAAACGUCACCGGAUUCCAGAAUAAGAAAACGAAAUCAAGAUGUAGACAACGAGAUACUGUCACAAACGUACUUUAUGCGUGAUGUUGCGUCGAAGGUCCUCAACUGUCAGGAAGUGGAAGCUAAACUGUCGCAGGGCCUAACUCCUGCUGAGUUGAAACACGUACCAUUUCCUGUAAUACCAAAACAAGCGUCACCAGUAACCAACUCGGGUUCGAAAGCAAGCAGUAUUUUCUACUUCACGCCUUACUGGAAAUUGACCAAGCCAAACCUCACAAUCUUGGUAACCUUAUCCUCAAUAUGCUCUUAUGCCGUUUCGCCUUUAAGUGUAUCCGUGCCUGAGCUUUGUCUUCUAACACUUGGUACAGCACUAUGUUCUGGGGCUGCAAAUGCAAUAAACAUGGCUCGUGAACCUGAUUUUGAUAGGCAAAUGCCUCGCACCGUCGGCCGACCCAUUGUUCGUGGCCUUUUGACCUCAAGGCAAGCCUAUAUCUUUUCCGGGAUCAUAGGCACAGCAGGUACAGUUAUAUUGUACUACGGUGUUAAUGAGACUGUUGCAGCUCUCGGUGCUAUAAACAUAGUCCUCUAUUCAUGGAUAUACACUUCCUUAAAAAGGAAGACUAUUCUUAACACCUGGGUUGGUGCCUUAGUCGGGGCCAUCCCUCCCUUAAUGGGAUGGGCAUCAUCGUCUUCACUCACAGACCCGGGCGCAUGGUGUCUUGCUGCUCUCCUCUUCGCCUGGCAAUUUCCUCACUUCAAUGCUUUGUCCCAUAAUAUAGCUCAGCAAUACAAAAAUGCGGGUUAUGUCAUGACAGCAGCUGAAUAUCCCAAGUUGAAUGCCAGAGUUGCGUUGCGCUAUUCAAUCUUAAUGUUCCCCAUUUGCUUUGGACUAUGUUAUUUCAAUGUCACCGAUUGGGGAUUCAUGUUAGAUUCCUCCAUAGCGAACUUUUGGAUGACAUUGAUGGCAUUUAGGUUUUGGAAACAGCAACAUAUCAAUCACAAGCCGAACUACAGGCCUUCCGAAGUGCAAAUUACGGCUGCCAAUAUUCAGGCAAAGAAACUAUUUUGGGUUUCCGUGUGGCAAUUGCCUGCAGUUCUUAUUCUUGCAAUGCUACACAAGAGGGGACAGUGGGAAAAGAUAUUUGGAUACUUUCUGCAUCAUGAUAAAGAGUCAGCAAAGAAGGUCCUGAUAGAAACUAUAUAA